GAUUAGCAUAGCAACCGGAAAAUGCGAAAGAAAGGCGUCGCUUGUUGAUGACGUCUUCACGGGGAGACACGAGGGCAGAGAGGGAGCACUCCGCCACAGGGACUGUAAAAUUAAAGAUUUAAACAUGGGGAAGCAGAAAACCAGGAAGUUUGCUGCCAUGAAGAGGAUGAUCAGUCUGAAAGAUUCCAGAAUCAAAGAGAAAGACCGUUCCAAAGCAAAAGAGAAAAAGAAGGAUCGCACGAAGCCCAAGGAGAGAGAAGUGCCCAAGUAUCCGUCAUGCCUGUUCUUCCAGUACAACACUCAGCUGGGCCCGCCCUACCACAUCCUCAUCGACACCAACUUCAUCAACUUCUCCAUCAAGGCUAAACUGGACAUCGUUCAGUCCAUGAUGGACUGUCUCUACGCCAAAUGCAUCCCCUACAUUACAGACUGUGUGAUGGCUGAGAUUGAAAAACUAGGAAUGAAAUACAGAGUCGCACUGAGAAUAGCCAAGGAUCCCCGGUUCGAGCGUCUGCCGUGCACACACAAGGGAACGUACGCCGACGACUGCUUGGUCCAAAGAGUUACGCAGCACAAGUGUUACAUCCUGGCGACGGUGGACAGAGAUCUGAAGAGGAGGGUGAGGAAGAUUCCCGGUGUGCCCAUCAUGUACAUCUCAAACCACAGGUAUAACAUCGAGCGGAUGCCUGAUGAUUACGGCGCUCCAAGAUUUUAAACUUCACCUGAGCUGAAUUUGUAAAUAGAUCGAAGCUGCUUCUUUCUUAUUUUUGUUCUGGUUUGAAAGUGUUGAAGUUGUGAUUUUCAGUUGCCUGAGGAUUGGUUGUGUUUGACCAAAAGUUCUUCUUUUACUGAAAAACUACUUUACCUUCUGUUAUUUUGAAUUUAAUAAAUGAUUUCCAGAGCAGUAAAACGCUUUCUGUCUUUCUAACUUCACAAAGAUAUACUGGGACUUUUGCUGUGAACAGUUUUUUUUUUCUUGACUUUAUUCUGGUUGUGUAUAUAUAUGAGUUUAAAGCUGUAGUUUCUGUGGUUUGUUGAUGAUGAAUGAACGAAAUUAGAAAUGUGACGACAUCCUCAGACAUGACUGGCACAAUGUCGAAGUAUAUCUUUAAAAAUCAACCAUCUGAUGAAAUCAGCAUUUUAGUCAACAGGGUUAAUUCAUUUCCCCAUUUUUCUACAUAAAUACUGACUUCAACUAAACUCCCAUUAUAUAUAACAGUAAAGUGAUCUUGUAUCAUCAGUCUGCGUUUGCUUUUAGUGUAAAUAUGUUGCAGUUUGUCCAGUUUCUCCAAUUGUUUAUGUGGGUUUUUUAUUAUAGCCUGUCCUUGUGGUGUUUUGAUGAAGUUACUGAAAGCAGUGCUUUGUAAAGGAUCCACAUGCUUUUCUUUUGGUGAAUGUGCAGUAUUAUGAAGAGCUUAAGUUUCUGUAAUAUUUUAAGAAGAGAUGUUCAUCAUAACAGCUUCCUGUCAUUGAUUGUUCCCACUGUAAUGUAACCACUCCAUCGUGAUUCAACGGGAAUAUGUCAAUCAAAAAUCUUUUUGUCCGUUUUAAAAAUUGUGGGCAGUGUUUUGUCACAAUAUUCACGUUACAAAUUAAUUAUGUUUUCCACACAACAGUGUGUUGUGAAAUUACUUAUGACUUCCUGAUAUAGUUUGAGUUUCUAUGACAGCAUAUUUGGGCAAAAAUAAAAAGAGAAAGUUUGGGCCUGGCUUUAGAGCAAAUUUGGUUCUUUGUAUAAAGUUUUACACAAGCUACAGCUUUUUCACAUAGAGCAUUGUGACUGGUGGGGUUCAAAGCACUGAUCUCUGAGGGACAGAGGUGGAGUUUAAACCAGAGGUCCCAACAUCUACUGGCUGUGUGUUAAACGGGACUGAAAGGUUUUCUUGCUAACUCUGGCUGUCACUGUUUAUUUGCACCAUACUCAGUUGCCAAAAACUGUCACUUUUUGCUGAAGUGUAAGUCUGAGCUGCAGCUGUGAUGAAACACCAGGAGUGAAGAUUUCGAUUGGGAGCAUAAAC